AUGAAGCUGCUCGCCCCCAUUGCCGGGCUCAUCGUGGCCGCCGAGGGCGCCGCCAUCGGAAGUGCGAUGGAUAUGCAAAAUGUCCUUCAGUCGGUACUCAGCAUUGCGCAAUCACAACCAUUGAAAUCCUCAAAACCUCCGAAUUUCCUGUUUGUGAUCACCGACGACCAAGAUCUGCAACUCGACUCCCUAUCCUACACACCCCACAUUCUGAAGCACAUGCGCGACAAGGGUACAUUUUUUAAGAAUCACUUUGUGACCACUGCAUUGUGCUGCCCUUCGCGAGUCAGCUUGUGGACUGGACGACAGGCACACAAUACCAACGUGACAGAUGUCAACCCGCCUUAUGGCGGAUAUCCCAAGUUUGUGGAUCGCGGCUUCAAUGAUAAUUUCUUGCCCGUUUGGCUGCAAGAGGCCGGUUACGAUACUUACUAUACGGGGAAAAUGUUCAACUCUCAUACAGUCGAAAACUACCACAGCCCGCACAUCAACGGAUUCAAUGGCUCCGACUUCCUACUCGAUCCUUUCACCUACUCCUACCUUAAUUCCACCUAUCAGCGCAAUCACGAUGCACCCGUAAGCUAUGAGGGACAGCACACGACUGAUGUUAUUACGGAUAAGGCACUCGGAUUCCUAGAUGAUGCUCUGGAAGGAGAUCGACCUUUCUUUGUGACAGUCGCUCCGAUCGCUCCUCACUCAAAUUUGAAUCCCGCCGCACUGGAUCGGCCCGAGACCAUUGUCAUGGGGGCUCCGAUCCCAUUGGAGAGACAUCAGCAUCUAUUCCCGGAUGUGAAGGUGCCCCGGACUGAGAAUUUCAACCCAGACGAGCCUAGCGGAGUCAGUUGGGUUCGGAAUUUAGCCCAGCAGAAUCAAACGGUGGUUGAUUACGGGGACCACUAUUAUCGCAAGCGCUUGCAGGCACUGCAGGGAGUUGACGAAUUAGUGGAUUCACUCGUUACUCGUUUGGAAGAGAGCGACCAGUUGGACAACACCUACAUCAUCUACACCUCCGACAACGGAUUCCAUAUCGGACAGCACCGUUUGCCACCGGGCAAGACCUGCGGCUUUGAGGAGGAUAUCCGCGUGCCUCUCUUCAUUCGUGGCCCUGGAAUUCCGGAGGGAUAUGUGCAAGAUUCGGUCACCACCCACAUUGACCUCGCGCCGACAAUUUUCAGUCUCGCUGGUAUUCCCCACCGCGAGGACUUUGAUGGAACCGCUAUUCCUCUGACUCCUGACUUUGCGGGGCCCCGACAUGAACAUGUCACUGUUGAGUUCUGGGGUCGAACUGUUUUCGAAGGCGACUUUAGUCAUAUAGGAAUUGCCGGCACCGUCUUCCAGCACAAUAACACAUACAAGUCAGUUCGUCUGUUGGGUGAGGGCUAUAAUUUGUACUACUCUGUGUGGUGUACCAACGAGCACGAGCUUUAUGAUCUCUCUACGGACCCCUAUCAGCUACACAACCUAUACCCUACCGGCCCUGCUGUCGGCGACGAACCUCGAAUUCUAGGCCGAACCCUCUCCCAGGCCAUCAGCCGACUCGAUGCUCUUUUGCUCGUUCUCAAGUCGUGCCAGGGAUCUACCUGCAUCGAGCCCUGGAAGGUGCUACAUCCCCAACACUCUAUUCGCACUAUGCGAGAUGCUCUGGAUGAACGGUAUGACCUGUUUUAUGAGGCACAGCCUCGGGUCUCGUUCGAUUGGUGUGAUUUGGGAUAUGUCAUUGAGGCAGAAGGGCCUCAAGCUCCAUUGACCACCCGAAAUGGUCUUCCUUGGGAUGCUUGGGUGUAA